AUGUCAUCGAGCAAAGAUACCGUUGGAUUGUUUGGUGACGUCAAGAUUUUUGAAAUUAAAAAUUCAGAUGAUGAGGGGUCGUCGAACAAAGUUACCAAGAAGAGGUUAAGACUUGUCACGGCGUCUGACGCGGGCGCAAAGUCCAAGAAGAAGAAGCCGCCCACCAUCGAGGAGAUGGAAAAGCCUAUCGAGGAGGAAGCCCCGAUCGAGAAGGAGGGGAGAAUUGACGACGCAGCUGAUCCUUCAAGAACUACCCCCUCUAUUGCCAAGGAAACAGAGGGGAACCCAAUUCCCGAGGACCCAAUUCCCAAGGCCAUCCCUGUAACAGAGCGGAAUCCAGAGUGGUUCAGACCACUCGAGGCUUCACUGGAGAAGAAGAACACUGUCGAAGACACCGAUGGGUCGUCGACAUACACUGCUGCCACCACCAUAUAUCAUUUUGGGGAUACUAGGAUCGAGUGUCCCAUUAUUAAGGAAGUUGCAGCGACCUUGAGAGAAGAGGAGUCGCUGAAAAUGCAUUCUUAUGCGAGAGAAGACAUUAAAACAAGAGAUUGCCAGUUUGCAACUCGAAAAGGGGCUCCUCGAGCAAGAAAAGUUAGCGAAUGCAGAGUCGAGAAAGGAGGAGCAGCCAUGAGGCUUGCUAGGGAGGAAGAGUUAGCCACGGUUCAGGCCAUGUAUAGGGAGAUCGAGGCCAAGCUAACAGAAUAUAGAGAGUCCCACAUUCCCAAAUCGGAUUUGCAAGGAUGGUUGACUGCCUUUUGGGCGAGAAUGAUGCCGACUGGUGGAUUGGCGAGCAUCCUGGUGGGCAUUAGCAAUGAUGCCAAGGCGCUGGGGGGACAUGGUGUAGCUGUGGCCGCUCUCGAGAGGAUGGAGAGCGGAAGGACUAUCAAUGUUGGAUGGCUUCAGCAAUUCAUUAGGCCGCAUCCCAAGAAGACUCUCCAUAAGGCCAUAAAAAAUGGAUUGCAGCAGCUCUCUGAUGGUCAACAUCCUCUAUUUGGGCCAUUAUGCAAUGCCGUCGCUCAGAUGGGCUCACCUACAGAGAUUGCUUCUUUUGAAGGAGAUGCCCUUACAGUGCUCACAGUUGAUGCUGGAGAAGAGGUACGUGUGCCGGGGCUGGCCCCGGAUUUCAUCGGUGUGGAUGUGGAAUGGGAAGAAGAUUCCUUGGAGCAAGUCGAGGGGGACGGGCAGAAUGACCAGGUGCCUGAAAAUGAGGGGACGUCGACUCCCACCCCUUUAGAGGAGACAACGAAAGCCAGCCAAGCCAGCCUCCUGGUCAAAAUGACGUAUGAACUUUCUUCUUGUAAUAGGAUUUUUGCCGCUAAGGAUUCGUAUUUCGUUCAUCUAGUACGUCUAUUGAUCCUCGAGGAAGACGAGGUCACGAGGCUCCCCAUGUAUACGAUGGUUUCUUCGAUGUUGAGGAAAUUCGGGGAUGUUCAGAACACUGACAUAGUGAAAGCCCUCGAGAAAGAGCUUACCAAUGCUGUCAAUGCACUCAACCUUCGAGCGCACUCCUGCUUAGUGCAGCGCUUUAGACAAAAAGAGGAAAAGUGGAAGCGUCGACUCCACCAGUAUGACUUGGACUUUCACAGUUCCUUGUCUUUAGAAGCCAACAUUAAUGAGGAAAUGGAGAAGCUGAAGAAAGAAAAUGCUCGACUGAGGAAGCGCGAGAAUAUUGUAGUGUCCCCAUGGUUCCUCGAAAAGUUCGACACGCUUGCUCUAGUCAAGGCACAGAUAAAGGUUCGCACAGAACGCUUUAUCGCUGCAAUUGACCUCCUAAAGAAGAGGACCAAAGAGGCAGAGUUCUACUCGAUCAGGCUGCCGUUCUACAAAACAUACUGGUGGACAAUGAGAUUUCCUUACCUAUUCUUGAGAACCUCGAUCUGGAUGAUGAGGCGAAGGAAAGGGCGGCCGCUGAGGAGUAUCUUCUUAGAAUCAACGACCAACAUUGGGAGAUUCUAG